AAGUAGCUGCUUCUCCGUUACCAUUGGAAACCUUAACUCUAUUUAUGACCUAAAGAAAGCUAUCUUAGAGGAAAUUAGUAAUCCUGGCAACAUAAAAGCUAUAGACCUUAGGUUAUGGAGUGUUAAUAUUGAUGAGAACCUUUUGGAAAGCACUUCUCUUUAUGAUUUAUUAAAUGAUACAAAUGAGUUAAAAAGGAUCAACACAAAAGGACGUCCAAGGAAACAAUAUACGAGUUAUCGUUAA